CACAAAUCUCUCAUUGCUCGACUCCUGUACCAAACAGUCUCUGAGCAUGUUGCUCAGAAAUGUUCAAAGAUGGUCUAGAUGAGUUCAAGACAUUUAGAGAGGCGAGAAUUCAUCAAUUUUAUUUUCUCAAACGAGUGAUCUACACCUUGAUAUCCUUUCAGUAUUCAACCAAGGAACGGUGAUACAGUAUCCUGCUUUACUCCGAGGUUGUAUAAUCGCGGCACUCGACCUAGACACGAUGGGCGAUAGCGUUGAAGCAUCGGUGUCGACAUCGCCAUCGUUAUCGCCACAAUCAGCGCCAUCCUCUACAGUUCCGACAAGUCAAUCAACACCACAGUCCAUUUCAACAGCAGGCUCUCCUUUCAUUAGCGUACCCGACAUCCAUCCAGGAUUUCAAGUUUCUAGAGUCGCCAUCCUCGGCGCCGGCCCUAGUGGCCUGGCAUUUGCCAAAGUGCUCUUAGCAGAGAAGACGUCCUUUCAAAAUCUCGUUAUCACAAUCUUCGAACAAAGGAACCAAGUAGGUGGGAUCUGGAACCUCAGUGCAAAUGUCAUCAGCAAGACAGUUGCAGUUCCACAGAGCGACAAGAAUUAUGGCACCGGCGUUGACGAGAAUCAGGACAAGGCUAGCCAUUCUUUGGAACUCGAAUCUCCACUCUAUGACUAUCUCGAGACCAAUGUUCCCAAGCAACUCAUGCCGUAUGCCGGGGUUCCAUUCCCUGACGAGGAUCCCUUGUUUCCAAGCCAUGGGGCCGUGUUGAAAUACCUGCAAGGCUAUGCUAAUAAUGUGCUGGGUGGAGAUGCUAGUGCCACUGCAGAUCUCAGAUUCGGGGUCAAGAUUCGGGAAGUGGCAUUGCUGCAAGGUGAGGGAGCUAGCGGAAAGGACACCUGGGAAAUCCAGUCGGAGCAUCUCGCCUCUGGAAAUAUCAAGACUGAAACUUAUGACGCCGUGGUGGUCGCCAAUGGGCACUACACGGUCCCGUAUAUCCCAGAGAUUGAAGGUGCCGCGGAGUGGAAUCGAAAGUACCCAGGCACUAUACUGCACUCCAAGGCAUACCGACGGCCUCAGGACUUUGCAGGCAAAAAGGUCCUCGUCAUCGGCAACAGUGCAUCAGGCCUCGACAUUGCCGCUCAGAUUGGUUUCAUGGGCCAACCCAAGGGGAAAGUCCUUCUGUCGGCCAGAUCUGCUAGCGCGUUUGGACCGAUGCCCGCCGUCGACUGGAAAGAAGAUGUGGACCAAGUUGUCGAGUUCCUCGACUCCGACAGAGCGGUGAGAUUUGCUAGUGGAAGGGUGGAACGAGAUCUAGACGCUGUCAUAUUUUCAACGGGGUAUUUCUUCAGCUACCCAUUCCUGACAAAGGUCGGAUCCAAGAUUGUGGACGAUGGGUUCAGGGUCAAGGGCCUCUAUGAACAUUUAUUCCUCAUUGACCACCCGACCCUGGUCUUCCCUGUCGUCAAUCUCAAAGUCAUCCCGUUCCCACUCGCGGAGAAUCAGGCUGCCGUGGUCGCUCGCGUAUGGUCUGGGCGUUUGGACUUACCGUCCAAAGACAAGAUGAGGCAAUGGGAACAACAAGAGAUCAAGGCCAAUGGCGAUGGCAAAUACUUCCACCAGAAGAUGUUCCCUCAAGACGCUGCCCAGAUCAAUCAUCUGUAUCGAUGGGCAUGUCAAGCUAGGGGCAGUCCUAGUCAAGAUUCUCGCUUGACAAGGUGGGAUGAGAAAUUGGUGUGGUUGAGAUCUAGGUUGCCUAGCAUCAAAAUGGCGUUUAUGACAAGAGGCCAUGAUAGAGUCAAGGUCAAGACGGCUGAGGAGAUGGGAUUCGAUUUUGACGAGUGGAGGAAAACGGCUGCAGAGGGAGAUUUAGAAAUGUUUCAUAAAGGAGGUUGUUAUUCAUGAUGGCCUGCGUUUGGCUACUUGGAGCAUAGAUGACGAUAAUUAGUAUUGUAUGAGGUUUGAAUCACAUGCCCCCUUCAGGACAUGAAUAAUAAAUGCAUGAAAUCACUCAAUA